AUGUUUUAUCCUUUUUGCAGCCAUGAGUCAGAAUAUAUCCAAGACAUAGUAGACGUGAUUUUACAGAAAUUGAGUUCAAGUUUCUCAAGCAAUACCAAUAACUUGGUAGGAAUAGAUUCUUCAGCUGAAGAACUCAUCACUUUGUAUUAUGAUUGUGGGAACAAAGUUUGCAUGACAGGGAUUUGUGGUAUGGGGGGGCUGGGAAAGACAACUCUUGCUAGAGUUGUUUAUGAUAAGUUUUGUAGUCAUUUUGAAGGCUCAAGUUUUAUAGCUAAUGUCAGAGAAGAAUCAGAAAAAUAUGGUUUGCUUCAAUUACAAAAGCAGCUUCUUGCAGACAUUAUGGAGGAUGGAAAUAUAGAUAUAAGGGAUGUAUAUCAAGGAGUUGACAUGAUUAAGAAAAGGCUAUGUAUUAAGAAAGUUCUACUUGUUCUGGAUGAUGUCAACCAAAUUGACCAAUUAGAAAAAUUGUGUGGAGAGUAUGGUUGGUUUGGAUUGGAGAGUUGGAUCAUCAUAACAACUAGAGAUGAACAUUUGUUGGUCCAACAUGGAGUGCACAAAAUAUUUAAGCCUAAUUCUUUAAAUAGUGAUGUUGCUUUAAAACUUCUUUGUUUGAAAGCAUUAAAAAAUGAGCAACCCAAAGAAGGUUAUAUGCAACUCUCUCAAGAAUGUGUACGCUAUGCUAAUGGCCUUCCAUUAGCUCUUGUUACUUUGGGUUCCUUUUUGGCUGGAAGAACAAUGGAUGAAUGGCAAAGUGCAUUGGAAAGUUUUAAAAAAAUUCCUAAAAGAGAAAUAUUUGAUAUACUUAAAGUAAGUUAUGAUGAACUAGAGGAAAUGUGGAAGGAGAUAUUUUUAGAUAUUGCGUGUUUCUUUAGAGGGAAGACAAAAGAUCGAGUAGUUGAGAUAUUAGAGAAAUGUGGUUUUGAUGCAAGGAUCAGUAUAAGUGUUCUCAUUGAUAAAUCUCUCUUAACUAUAGAAAACAAUAAAUUAUGUAUGCAUGGUCUAGUACAAGAAAUGGGUAAAGAAAUUAUUCGUCAAGAAUCACGAGGAGAGCCAGGAAAGCGUUGUAGGUUGUGGCUUAUUGAAGAUUUGUUUCAUGUAUUGACUAAAGAUACGGUAAGACAACGAAAAAGUUAUAAAUUUAUUUCAGUGAAAAAGAUUGAUUAG